AUGGCGGCGGUGUCAGAGCCGGUGGCAGCGCAAAGUGAGGCCCCGGCCCCGGCCCCAACCCCCGCCCCCGCCCCAAUCCCGACCCCAACCCCAACCCCAACCCCAGCCCCAACCCCAACCCCAACCCCGACUCCAACUCCAGCCCCGACCCCAGCCCCAGCCACAGCCCCAACUCCGGGCGCAGGCCCUGCUCCCUCCUCUUCCCCAGUCCCAGCCCCAGUCCCGACACCUUCUCCCGCUCCUUCUCCGUCCCCCACUCCCUCUCCCACCCUGAUCCCCAAGCUGGAGCCUAGUGAAAGCCCGGCCGAAAACCAUAAGCCUGGCCCGGCCGCAGGCCCAGCUACAGCUCCGUGCCCCGCGACUGCUGUAGGCCCGGCUCCAGGUCCAGGACCAGAGCUGCCCGACAAGCAGACACUGCUGGCUGUGCUGCAGUUUCUGAAGAAGAACCACUUCAAAGAGGCCGAAGAGAUCCUCAGGAAGGAGGCCAACCUGCAGGAGAGCCUGGACGAGUCGCUGCUGAGGACGGCUGGCCACAGGGGUUCGGACUCGGUUCAUCAGCCCGAUGUCAGCUCGGUCCUUUCGGCCUACAGCAAUGAGGGAGACCCGAGCCUGUACGAGGAAUACUACACUGGCCUCAAGGGCUUCAUCGAGACGGCGCUGGACGCCUUCAAAGCCGAGCUGUCCACUCUCCUGUACCCGGUCUUCGUGCAUCUUUACCUGGAGCUGGUUUACAAUGAGCAUGAGAGGGAAGCUCGGCAUUUCUUCCACAAGUAUCAUGGGGAUCAGGAAGGUUAUUACCAUGAUGACCUGCGAGUGUUAGCUGGCCUGUCAAAGAAGGAACACAUGCAGGGGAACGAGACAGUGCUCGAUUUUCGGACCAGUAAGUUUGUGUUACGGAUUUCACGGGAUUCGUACCAGUGUCUGAAGCGUCACUUACAGGAGAGGCAUAAUAACCAGAUCUGGAACAUCGUGCAGGAGCAGCUGUUCAUUGAUGUAUUUGAUGGGAUGCCGAGGAGCAAGCAGCAGAUCGAGGUGACUUCUGGGGGAAUGGCUGGAGAAGCAAAGAGGGAGGCAAAUAAAACCAAGGUAUUCUUUGGGUUGUUGAAGGAACCAGAGAUUGAGCUUCCACUUGACGAUGAAGACGAGGAAGGAGAGAACGAGGAGGGGAAACCAAAGAAGAAAAAACCAAAGAAAGAUAGCCUGGGUGCAAAGAGCAAGAAGCAGGACCCCAAUGCCCCACCUCAGAACAGAAUUCCACUUCCUGAACUAAAAGAUUCUGACAAACUGGACAAGAUAAUGAUAAUGAAAGAAGCCACAAAGCGGGUGAAGCUGGGGCCGGACUGCCUGCCCUCCAUAUGCUUUUACACGUUUCUGAAUGCUUAUCAGGGACUCACUGCAGUUGACUUCACAGAUGAUUCUAGUCUGAUCGCAGGAGGAUUUGCUGAUUCCACUGUCAGAGUGUGGAGUGUCACACCGAAGAAGCUGCGCAGUGUCAAAGGGGCUACAGAUCUCAGUUUAAUUGAUAAAGAGUCAGACGAUGUGCUGGAGCGAAUAAUGGACGAGAAGACUGCCUGUGAGUUUAAAAUGCUACUGGGACAUGGGGGCCCAGUUUAUGGGACAAGUUUCAGUCCCGACAGGAACUACCUGCUGUCCAGUUCCGAGGAUGGCACAGUGAGACUCUGGAGUCUGCAAACCUUCACCUGCCUUGUGGGCUACAAAGGACAUAAUUAUCCAGUAUGGGAUACACAGUUUUCUCCAUAUGGCUACUACUUCAUUUCAGGGGGUCAUGAUCGAGUGGCACGGCUUUGGGUGACUGACCAUUAUCAGCCACUGCGAAUAUUCUCUGGUCACCUGUCUGAUGUCACCUGCACGAGAUUUCAUCCCAACUCAAAUUAUGUAGUGACAGGAUCUGCAGACAGGACCAUCCGACUGUGGGACGUUCUAAAUGGCAACUGUGUUCGAAUCCUCACUGGACACAAGGGACCGAUCCACUCAUUGGUGUUCUCUCCAAACGGUAGAUACCUGGCCUCUGGGGCUACAGAUGGCCGGAUUCUGCUAUGGGAUAUCGGGCAUGGGUUACUUGUAGGCGAGUUGAAAGGUCACACUGAUACGAUCUACGCACUGAAGUUCAGCCGAGAUGGGGAGAUUCUAGCCUCUGGUUCAAUGGAUAAUACAGUGAAAAUGUGGGACACAGUCAAAGCCUUUGAGGAUCUGGAAACAGAUGAUUUCAGUACUGCCACUGGGCAUAUUAACUUGCCUGACAACUCACAAGAGCUGUUACUUGGCUCCUAUAUGACUAAAUCCACCCCAGUCAUUGGCCUGCACUUCACUCGCCGUAACCUCCUACUGGCUGCAGGGGCAUACAACCCACAGUGACGGCAAAACCCCAACUCUUGCUCAGUCUUUUCCCAUCCUCAUUCUCUGGUCCCCACCAGCGCUGCCAAAAUGGAUGGAGGAUGUAGAUAUUUUCACAGUAUCUGUGAAAUUCUCUUGUAUUCCCUUCCCACCCAAAAUCCCUCUGAACCCCAUAGCCAUUUACGACAUAUUGUCGUGCAGGAACAUUUUGCAUUACAUUGAAUGAAUGGUGUUACUUUUUUUAAAGUCUUAAUGAAGUUUGCAAUAAAAUACUGAAAUCAA